AUGGCUGAUCAAAAACCAGAGGUUGAGAAUGGUGAAGACGUCAAAGUUCACGUUUUUUCAUCGGCGACAGAGUUACUUGGGAAGUUGCAAGAGAAGUGGAGCUCAGUAAAGCCACAGCCCUAUCCAGCUAUGUAUUCCAGUGUAUUUGCUGGAAUCAUUCUUGAUCCAGCAAUGAUGGUUAUCCCAAUGGAUGAUCACAUGGUUCAUCGCGGUCACGGUGUUUUUGAUACAUCUAUUAUUCUUGACGGGCAUCUGUAUGAGUUGGAUGUCCAUCUGAAUCGAUUCCUUAGAUCUGCCUCAAAAGCCAGAAUUGUGCCUCCAUUUCCUCAAUCUAAACUCAGAAGCAUUCUUAUUCAGCUCUCAGCCGCAUCACAAUGCAGAAAAGGCACUCUAAGAUACUGGCUGAGUGCAGGGCCAGGAGACUUUUUACUUUCUCCUGCAGGAUGUCCAAAAUCAGCAUUCUACGCCGUGGUGAUUGAUGAAGACUUUGCACAGUGCAAAGAAGGGGUAAAAGUAAUAACAUCAACGAUUCCUAUGAAGACACCUCUCUUUGCCAACAUGAAGAAUGUGAACUAUCUCCCAAAUGUCCUCUCAAAGAUGGAGGCCGAGGAUCAAGGAGCAUUUGCGUCGAUUUGGGUUGAUGAGGAAGGAUACAUUGCAGAGGGUCCAAACGUCAAUGUCGGAUUCAUAACUCAUGACAAGGAGCUUAUCUUGCCACUAUUCGAUAAAAUAUUGCGUGGCUGCACCGCGGCUAGGCUUCUGGAACUGGCUCCCAAAUUGGUCGAGCAAGGGCGUCUUAAAAGUGUGAGAACUGACAAUCUCACUGUCGCGGAAGCAAAAGGUGCUGCCGAGAUGAUGUACAUAGGAAGCACACUUCCAGUUUUACCUAUCAUCGCAUGGGAUGACAAGCUCAUUGGAGAUGGAAAAGUGGGAGAACUGACCAUGGCUCUAUCUGACUUGCUGUGGGAAGACAUGGUUGCUGGACCUGAAACACAAAGGAUCCCAGUUCCUUAUGCGUAG